UCACUAAUUUUAUGGCUUUCGCCGUGUUCAUCUUCGCCUUACUUCUCAAAGUCUCCACCGCCCUUUCCAGUCAGAACACAACCCAUCUAUUCUCUGUUGUCCUCAUUUUUGGCGACUCCACUGCAGAUUCCGGCAACAACAAUUACAUAAAUACCCCAUUGAAAACCGACCAUCCCCCAUACGGGGAAGACUUUCCUGGAAAAAUCCCCACCGGAUGAUUUUCAAACGAAAAACUGGUGUCGGACUUUUGGGCGUCUCUACUACGAAUAAAGCAAACCGUUCCUCCGUUCCUGCAGCUUAAUAACUCCAAUUUUGAUAUCCGCACCGGAGUGAACUUCGCUUCCGCCAGAUCCGACUACGAUGACAUGAUGUCUCAGAUUUCACAGGUGAUUCCUGUGACGAAGCAGUUGUAUUACUUUAAGGAGUAUAUAAAGAGAUUGAAGAAAGUUGUGGGGAUCAAAGUUGAGGGGGCGUUGGUGUCAAUUAGUGCUGGAACAAAUGAUUUCCCAAUUAGCUACUACGAUCUUCCUUCUAGAAGAGACGAUUUCUCCAUGGAAGAUUACCAGGAUUAUAUAUUGAAGAAGCUUCAGAAUUUCAUCAAUGAGUUGUACAAGCUCGGAUGUCGAACAAUGGUGGUUUCAGGGCUACCUCCGAUGGGGUGUUUACCGAUUCAAAUGUUAUCCAGAUUCUCGGGAACAUGUUUGAUGCAUCAGAACACCGAUGCUCGAGUCUACAAUCAGAAGCUCAUGAAUUUGUUGCCGCAUAUUCAAUCCUCUUUAAAAGGAAGCCAGAUUAUGUACACAAAUAUCUACACUACGACGAUGAAGAUGAUCCGAAAUCCACGAAAACAUGAUGCUGGUAUAAUGUCUCCCUUUGAACACACGGAGGUUUUUGUUCUUGACGUUGGUGGAGAGGUCGACCUAGAUUUGGGAAACUAUGAACGCUUCUUAGACGUGAGGAGGCUUACUAGAGAUAACAACAUAACCACUGGAAAGAUCUAUCAGUCUGUUCUUCCACUAGGAUAG